AUGUUGUUGUGCAUUAUGAUGUCCCUUUUGAUCCUGGCAUGUUCAGAUUCAGAACGAUACUCAAGGAAAAAAAGAGAAGUAGCACCAGAAACAUUUAUGAAUAUAAGUGAAGUUAUACAGUACCAGGGCUACCCCAAUGAAGAAUAUGAGGUCCUCACAAAUGAUGGCUACUAUCUCAUUAUCAAUAGAAUUCCUUACGGCAGAAAGAAUCCAGAGAACACAGCUUCUAAGCCUGCUGUUUUAGUGUUACCUGGUAUACUUACAAAUGCUGGCAUCUGGGUGGUUAAUAAGCCCAACAACAGCCUGGGUUUUGUACUGGCAGAUGCUGGCUUUGAUGUUUGGCUGGCAAAUAAUAGAGGCAGCAGAUGGUGUAAACGACAUCAGAAUUUUUCCAUUGAUCAAGAGGAAUUCUGGGAUUUCAGUUUCCAUGAAAUGGGGAUGAAUGACUUGCCAGCCAUUAUAAAUUUUGUCGUAGCUAAAACUGGACAGGAACAAAUCUUUUACAUAGGUCAUUCUCAGGGUACCACUAUAGCUUUCAUUGCAUUUUCAGCCAUGCCUAAAUUGGCUCAGAAAAUCAAAAUAUUUUUUGCACUUGGUCCUGUGGCUUCACUGAAUCACACUAGAUCCCCAUAUCCUAGGCUAGCAAUUUUUGCUGAAAAUUUGGGAAAGGCUUUUCUGGGUAAGAAAGAAUUUUGCGUUCUACAUGACGAUAAGGCAAGAGCCUUCAUUGCUAAAACAUGCAAAAAGGAUUUCUGGAGGAAACUUUGUGUCAAACUGCUUUUCUCAUCAGGUGGAAUUGCCAAAGAUAAUCUAGACAUGAGUCGCAUUGAUGUCAUUGCUUCACAUUUACCUGACUGUACAUCAGUUAAAAAUAUCUUGCACUGGGCCCAGGUAAAACAAAGUGGAGAGCUCAAAGCUUUUGACUACGGUUCUGAAAAUAUCAAGAAAUAUAAUCAGUCGAUUCCUCCCGUAUACAACAUAAAAUGUUCACAGGUACAAACCAUUGUGUUCAGUGGUGGACAAGACAUCAUGGGAACACCAGAGGACACGAAACUGUUACUUCCUGUUCUUGGGAAUGUAGUAUACCACAAAGAAAUUCCUCAUUGGAUGCAUUACGAUUUUCUCUUUGGGCUUGAUGCACGUCAAGAAUUAUAUGAUGACCUCGUGGAAAUCAUGCAGAAUUUCAGAAAAGCUAGCUGA